AUGGACAAAAGCUGGAUGAAUUUGGGUGAUAGACUUGUAUCACCUGCAUAUGCUGAAGGGGUUAAAAAUUUCCUCACAAUGGCACGAAACCAUUGUGAGGGAAGUGACCGCAUUCGGUGUCCCUGCCGUAUAUGCUGUAAUAACCUCUUCUUGCCUAUAUUUGAGGUGGAGACUCACUUGUUCAUAAAAGGGAUCAAUCCAAAUUAUACUCAAUGGAUAUUUCAUGGUGAGGAGGAAACACUCCCCAUCAUUGACGACGACACCCGUCUCGGAGUUGGAGUUGAAGACAAGUACAUUGAUGACAUGGACCGUAUGUUAGAUGACAUUCGGGCUGGCACAUUUGGAGAUGCCCCUGAAGACAACACUACAUCGCCAACUCAGCCAUCAAUACCACAUCCCUCCCCAAACUCAACUUUUGACCAACUAUUAGAGGAUGCUCAACGUCCUCUUUUCGACGGCUGCACUAAAUUCUCAAAGCUCUCAUUCACUGUGAGGUUGUUACAUAUUAAAACGCUCGGUGGGUGGUCAAUCAAGUCUUUUGAUAUGCUCAUAAGCCUUCUGCGGUCUGCCUUUCCUGAUUCUAAAUUGCCUAGUUCAUAUGAGGAGGCAAGGUCAUUGGAACGAGGGUUGGAUUUCAAGUACCGCAAAAUACACGCAUGCCCCAACGACUGCAUUUUAUUCUGGAAGGAAUAUGCUAAUCUUAAUGAGUGCCCUAUAUGUAAGGCUUCGCGUUGGAUGCCAAAUACACAUGGGUCACGAGUGAUCCCACAAAAAGUGCUUCGGCAUUUUCCUUUGAAGCCAAGAUUGCAGCGUCUCUUUGUGACAGACAAGAUAGCUUGUGAUAUGAGAUGGCAUAAAGAGCAGCGGGUACCCGAUGAGACUAGUAUGAGACAUCCUGCUGACUCUCAGUCCUGGAAGACAUUUGAUGAAGCCCAUAGUUGGUUUGCUAGGGAUGCUCGCAAUGUUAGACUCGGUCUGGCAAGCGACGGCUUCAAUCCCUUCAACAACCUAGCAAAACCGUAUAGCAUUUGGCCAGUGAUUCUUGUCCCGUAUAAUUUGCCGCCGUGGUUAUGCAUGAAAGAUCAAUUCUUCAUGACAUCGCUCAUUAUCCCUGGCCCAAAAUCACCAGGGAAUGACAUUGAUGUGUAUUUGCAGCCUUUAAUUGAUGAGUUGCUUGAACUCUGGGAACAUGGGGUACCUACAUAUGAUGCUUCCACAAAGGAAAUGUUCAUGUUGCAUGCUGUCUUAUUGUGGACAAUUAAUGACUUCCCUGCUUAUGGAAAUCUUUCUGGGUGGUCAACAAAAGGGAAAUUGGCAUGUCCCUCCUGCAAUUCAAGCACAGACUCCGAUUGGUUGAAGUAUGGUAGAAAACAGUGUUACAUGGGACAUCGACGUCUCUUACCGGCAGGUCACAUUUGGCGGACGAGAAAAUUGUUGUUUAACGGUAAAGAAGAUCAUCGCAUGCCACCAAAUUGGGUUGAAGGAGCGAGUCUCUUAACUCAACUACAAAUGCUUGGAGAUGUCCAAUUGGGAAAAUCUUGUAGGAAGAGAAAACGCACUGCAGAACAGUUGAACUGGACAAAGAAAAGCAUAUUCUACAAACUACCUUAUUGGUCAAUGUUACGGCUUCGACAUAAUCUAGAUGUUAUGCAUAUUGAGAAGAACAUUUCCGAUAGCAUAUUGGGCACUUUAAUGGACAUUCCUGGGAAGACAAAAGAUAAUAUAAAUUCUCGGCGUGACUUGGAGAACUUGGGCUUCAAAAAAGAAUUGCAUCUUAAGUCUGAAGGUGGACGUGUUACAAUGCCACGUGCGUUGUACACAUUACAUGGAGAUGAAAGGAAUAAAUUUUGUGAGUGGCUCGCUGAGGUUAAAUUUCCAGAUGGGUUUGCCUCCAAUGUCGCGCAUUGUGUAUCUGUACGUGAUUGCAAAAUCACUGGCUUCAAAAGCCAUGACCAUCAUGUUUUCUUGCAACGACUGCUUCCUAUUGCUGUUGGGGGGUUCUUAAGGAGUGAUAUUGCACUCGCUUUGACUGAACUUAGCAGUUUCUUCAAAGAGUUGUGCGCCCGAACCUUGGAUGUGAAUCGCUUAUCCCAGCUUCAACUUGAUAUCGUCACCAUUCUAUGCAAAUUAGAGAUGAUAUUUCCUCCUUCUUUUUUCGAUAUUAUGGUCCACCUAGCUGUCCAUUUACCGGGUGAGGCGAUACUCGAAGGUCCAGUUCAAUAUCGGUGGAUGUAUCCAUUCGAACGGUAUCUCGGCAAAUUCAAGCGGGAGCACUAUGACAAAUGUAGGUUGUCAAACCCAAAUUCUGUCGAUCGCACCCAUCAAACUGAGUUUCCAACGUGGUUCAAGCAAUGUGUUCAAGACCAACGUACGGGAAACCCACCACAGUUGUCUGCUGAUUUGUAUGCGUUAGCUUGUGGUCCUGACCCUUGGGUUGCAUCAUACGCUGCCUGCAUUAUAAAUGGGAAACGGUUCCAUACGAAGCAGCUUGAACUUCGUCGGCGAUCACAAAAUUCAGGGGUGUUGGUAACUGGUGACGAAGAUACUAAUAAUUUAGACUUUUAUGGUGUUCUUAAUGAUGUUGUGGAGUUACACUACAUGGGAGGUCGUCGAGUGUACUUGUUCAGUUGUGAUUGGUUUGAUGUUGGUGAUAAGAAGCGUGGGGUCCGAGUAGACGAUCAUAUAACUAGUGUCAACAUGGACAGAACUUGGAAUGUGUAUGACAUUCCACCAGUGGCAAGGGUUCUGGACGAUAUUGAUGGCGAAUCAAGUGAGGAUGAUGGCUAUCAAGAAAAUGAGCCAUCAUUUGAUUAUCCACUUUUACAUUGUGAAGCAUCUCCGGUAUCAACUCCACUUAGUAGGACUGAUAUAGAACCUAUCCACAUUGAUGCACGAGGCCAUAUGGCAGUUGGUCGUGAAUGCAUCAAUUCAACAGACUUUAUUGAUGAUGGAAUGGUUCCAUCUAGUUCCGGAGAUGGUUAUGGUGAUUGGGAAUAUUCAGAUGAAGAUGACCUAUCCACCGAUGAAGAAUCAGAGUCAGAAUAG